AAGCCGGUCCAGUUCUCCAGACAAAAUCUCCAGACUCACUCUCUCUCUCUCUCUCUCUUUCCGCUCUGUUUUGAAUCUUCAGAGAGUUGGUUGUUUUUCAGUUGGUGCUAACCUGGGCCGGUGGUGGGGCCCAGAGCUUAACUUACGCAGGAGGUGUCUUUUGCGUGUGAGAUGGUUCCGGUGGGCUCGCGGCCAGCGACGUUGGUGAUAAGAAUCUCGCGAUACAGGAGGUCGGUUUAGAAUAACCUGAGAAAGAAAAAGGAAGACUCGAUCAUCGGACGGUUGGGGUUGAAUCAAUCAAUCAUUCUCUGAAAUGGACGGUCAGAAAAGCCAGGCGAAGCUCACGAGGACCCAGUCGUCGCUGCUGCGGUCGUCGCCGACCAUCCGAUCCUCCAUUCAUAGCCUCUCUUCGGUGACCGAGGAGGACGUCAUCGCCGCCCAGCAGCAACAAUACGACGAAGAAGAGCAGAAGCCCAAGAAUUACAACCCCGGUUCGACUCAGAAACCCGGUUCGAACCGGAUCAGCCACCAGCACCUGGCGAUGGCUUUUCUCACUGUCUUCACCCUCUUCAGCUUCUCCGGCUUCUUCUUCUUCUUCUAUCUACGAAGAGAAGAGAUACCCACUUCCGAAAAUCUCCUCCUGGCUCUGGUCUUCGUCGCAGUCACCCUUUUCUUGGCGAACAAGAACAGGGGCCUGAUCAACCACAGCGUCUCCGUUCUGAAACACUCAUGGGACGAGAAUGCGAAGCGGUUCCGGUUCUGCAAGACGAACGGUGGGUCGAAGCCGGUCCAGUGGUUCAUUGGGUCCGACCCGAACCCGAACAAGGCCCGAAAGGAGAAGAAGAUUAUAAGGGAAGGGGUCGAAUUUUACAGCAAUGGCGAUUUCUACGAGGGGGAAUUUCACAAGGGCAAAUGCAAUGGGAGCGGAGUUUACAAUUAUUUUGUGAAUGGGAGGUAUGAAGGCGAUUGGAUCGAUGGGAGGUACGAUGGGUAUGGGAUUGAGGGGUGGGCUAGAGGAAGCAGAUACAAGGGUCAAUAUAGACAAGGAUCGAGGCAUGGGUAUGGGGUUUAUAGAUUCUACACAGGGGACUCUUAUGCUGGGGAGUGGUGCAAUGGGCAGAGCCAUGGCGUUGGAGUGCAGACUUGCUCUGAUGGUAGCUGCUAUGUUGGUGAAUUCAAGUAUGGCGCUAAGCAUGGCCUUGGUUGCUACCAUUUUAGAAAUGGAGAUAGAUAUGCAGGAGAAUAUUUUGGAGACAAAAUCCAUGGAUUUGGGGUCUAUCAUUUUGCUAAUGGUCAUUGUUACGAGGGUUCAUGGCAUGAAGGCCGGAAGCAGGGCUAUGGUGUCUAUACUUUUCGAAAUGGCGACACAAGAUGUGGUAUGUGGGAUGGUGGCACCCUUAAGCACCCUCUUGUGCCGCUAACGGAUGCAGUUGUUCGAGCAGUUAAGGCUGCUGGGAAAGCUGCAGAGAAUGCUGUUAACCUCCGGCGGGUAGAUGAACAUGUGAACAAGGCAGUCAUGGCGGCAAACAGAGCUGCCACUGCUGCCAGAGUUGCUGCUGUCAAAGCUGUUCAAAACCGAAUGGAUGGAAAAUUUUGUGAUACAAAUGUCUAAAAGACAUCUUUUGUUUUGGUAGUGUAAAUUUUACUAAUUUUAAGUGCUUUCGAAAUGUCAACCCGGUGAGCAAAAGCUCAUCGGAGGUUGAGAGAGCGAGAGUGAGAGAGUGAGUGAGGGAGCAUGUGUUUGAGGCUUCGAUCAUCACACUGUAACUUGUAAAUACACCAUGUAAAUCAAUGGAAGAUGAAAAUUUCAGAGAAUUUUUGGCCUUUUCCCUUUCUA